AUGACCGACCCUUUAAACACCUUAGAUUCGGCCUCCAGCCCGGUGGCCGUUUCGCGCAAGACGUACCCUAUCGCGGGGAUCCUCACAACCGUCUUCGGUCUCGAUGAGCUCCCCUCCAACGCUACCGAGGUUGCUUGUCUCUGGCUUCUGCACCCUCGCCUGGCCACCCAGGAGCGCAUGAGUCCCAUCGCCGGUGCUGUCAUCAAGGAUUGGAAUCAACGGAUCCACGAUCGUGCCGCUGAUAGCAAAGCACCGGUCACCGGCUUGAUUGCUGUGGCUUUCGAUCAGAGGAAUCACGGCUCUCGCUUGGUCGAUCCCCUCGGCAAUGAGGCCUGGAGACAGGGCAACCUCCGACAUGCGCAGGACAUGUUCUCCAUCUUCCAGGGCACCGCACGGGAUGUAUCACUGUUGAUGGACUAUCUUCCGUCAUUCAUCUUCCCCACUUCUCAACGGCGCAUCUCUGACAACCUUGUCCUUGGUGUAUCCCUAGGCGGCCAUGCGGCGUGGAGCUGCAUUCUGCACGAGCCUCGCGUGAGUGCGGGCGUGGUCAUCAUCGGUUGUCCGGAUUAUGUGAAUCUCAUGGCGGACCGGGCCAGAUUGUCAAAGCUCGCGGCCUGGACGGAGAGCAACCCGCCCGGCGCCCAGUUCCUGGGUUCCGAGGCGUUCCCUUCCACACUCCUGGAUACCGUCCGCAACUACGAUCCUGCCGCCUUGCUUCUGGGCUACCUCGGCUCGAGAUCAGAUGGGCCUGUGCGGGAACCGAACGAGGAAGAAAAGCAGGCCCUGCGCCCUCUUCUUACUCGCUGCCUGGCAAACAAAAAGAUCCUCAAUCUGUCCGGGGGUGUGGAUAAACUGGUGCCGUAUCACCGGGGUCAGGACUUUCUCACCUGGCUGAAACAGAGCGUAGGGCCGGACGGGUGGUUCGCUGAUGGUGCGGUGACGCUGGAAGACAUUAUUGAUGAGAAUGCCGGCCAUGAAGUUACCCCUAAGAUGGUCACCGAAGCCGUCCGGUUUAUUCGUGAGACCUUAGAAGCGGGCAAAGAAAGCUCGGGUUCCGUCCGCGAAGCCAAGAUAUGA